UGACAUGACAUUUUGCGAUGCGAUGCGAGCUUGCAUGUGGUGGAGACGCCCGGGUUGGUGGUCAUGACUUUCAUUGAAGGUUGACAGCUGGUGCCAGAGGCAGGGUGUGGUAGCCAGCUGCCAGCUUGUUUCUCAAAUUGAUCCGCGGGUCCGUUAUCAAAAAAUUUCGAGACGACGGGCACUAGAUGCGCGCGCAGUGCAAGUCGACCUGUUGUAAAGUUGAAUUAUAAUACCCCGCGAAAAGACCAAUUCGAUACCCCAUUUCAGCGACAACUGAGAAAUUCUUUUCGGCAAACCCCUCAUAAGCAUCUUUCAUCAUUACAAACAAAACAAAAAUGCCCGGCAGAACCGACUCGGAAGACGUCCCCAUGGACGAGGCGCCCACCUCUCACCAGCCCGAGGAGGAGGAGGAGGAGGAGGAGGAGGAGGAAGGCCAGGACUCGAAUGAGCAGGAGGAGGAGGAGGAGCAGGAGGAGCCCCAGCGCGUCAAGAUUCUGCCCGGCUCAACAGACACAGCCGCCUCAUUCGAGUUCAUCGAUGAGGGUCACACGCUCGGCAAUGCGCUGAGAUAUGUCAUCAUGAAGAACCCUGAUGUUGAGUUCUGCGCCUACGCCAUCCCCCACCCUUCGGAACCCAAGAUGAACAUUAGAAUCCAGACCUAUGACGGUACCGCCGUCGCGGCUCUGCAAAAGGGUCUCAAGGACCUUCAGGCCCUCAGCGACACCGUCGCCGAGGAGUUUAUCCGCGCCAAGGAAGAGUUUGGUCGUUCAUAGCGACAUUGAUUCAUUGGAAGAUGGA